CCAUCAUACCUUUAUCUAUAGCCUUCCCUUAGGUCUUAAGGGUCCUGAAAUUUUACUUUGGACAUUGAAUUUGGUGGAACAGCAAUCAUGACUGUGGGCAAGAGUAGCAAGAUGCUGCAGCACAUUGACUAUAGAAUGAGAUGUAUCCUGCAAGAUGGCCGAAUCUUCAUUGGCACCUUUAAGGCUUUUGACAAGCAUAUGAAUUUGAUCCUCUGUGAUUGUGAUGAGUUCAGGAAGAUAAAGCCAAAGAAUGCAAAACAACCGGAGCGUGAAGAAAAGCGGGUUUUGGGUCUGGUGUUGCUACGUGGAGAGAACUUGGUAUCCAUGACUGUUGAGGGGCCACCUCCAAAAGAUACUGGCAUUGCUCGGGUACCACUUGCUGGAGCUGCAGGUGGCCCUGGAGUUGGUAGGGCUGCUGGCAGAGGUGUACCAGCUGGGGUCCCGAUUCCCCAAGCUCCUGCUGGAUUAGCAGGCCCUGUCCGAGGAGUUGGAGGCCCAUCACAGCAGGUAAUGACUCCACAGGGAAGAGGCACUGUUGCAGCUGCUGCAGUUGCUGCUACUGCCAGCAUUGCUGGAGCCCCAACACAGUACCCACCAGGACGAGGGACUCCACCCCCACCUGUUGGCAGAGCAACCCCACCUCCAGGAAUUAUGGCACCACCACCUGGUAUGAGACCACCCAUGGGUCCACCAAUUGGGCUCCCCCCUGCUCGAGGGACACCAAUAGGCAUGCCCCCUCCAGGAAUGAGACCCCCUCCACCAGGAAUUAGAGGUCCACCUCCCCCAGGAAUGCGACCACCAAGACCCUAAGAUACUGUUGAUCUGUGUCAGUCACUUUUUCCCCUCCAAUACGUCUUGUGAAAUUGUGCAGAGUGUUUGUGAGCUUUUUGUCCCCUCUUUAUGCAUUGAUAAUUGUUAAUAAUAAAUGCAUAGAACAAUUAAACUGUGA